CCAGCAGAGGACCCCCCAGCGGAGGGCAUGGGGGUGGGCUGCCCCACCAGGUUCGGGGCGCCUGCCCCCUACUAGGACAAGUGGAGGGGGUGUCCCCGCCCAAUGGGCCUGGCCAGGGCCCUGCGCCGCCUUAGCGGCGCCCUGGAGCCAGGAGAGGGCCGGGCCGGCGACGAGGAGGAGGCCGGGCCGGGGCUGUGCCGCAACGGGUGGGUGGCGUCGCCGACGGGGCGGCGCCGCGGGCGCUUCGUCAAGAAGGACGGGCACUGCAACGUGCGCUUCGUGAACCUGGGCGGCCAGGGCGCGCGCUACCUGAGCGACCUGUUCACCACGUGCGUGGACGUGCGCUGGCGCUGGAUGUGCCUGCUCUUCUCCUGCUCCUUCCUCGCCUCCUGGCUGCUCUUCGGCCUGGCCUUCUGGCUCAUCGCCUCGCUGCACGGCGACCUGGCCGCGCCGCCGCCGCCGGCGCCCUGCUUCUCGCACGUGGCCAGCUUCCUGGCCGCCUUCCUCUUCGCGCUGGAGACGCAGACGUCCAUCGGCUACGGCGUGCGCAGCGUCACCGAGGAGUGCCCGGCCGCCGUGGCCGCCGUGGUGCUGCAGUGCAUCGCCGGCUGCGUGCUGGACGCCUUCGUCGUGGGCGCCGUCAUGGCCAAGAUGGCCAAGCCCAAGAAGCGCAACGAGACGCUCGUGUUCAGCGAGAACGCCGUGGUGGCGCUGCGCGACCGCCGCCUCUGCCUCAUGUGGCGCGUCGGCAACCUGCGCCGCAGCCACCUGGUCGAGGCCCACGUGCGGGCGCAGCUGCUGCAGCCUCGAGUGACCCCGGAGGGUGAGUACAUUCCACUGGAUCAUCAGGAUGUGGACGUGGGCUUCGAUGGCGGCACUGAUCGAAUCUUCCUCGUGUCUCCCAUCACCAUCGUGCACGAGAUCGACUCUGGCAGUCCUCUGUACGAACUAGGACGUGCCGAGCUGGCCCGCGCUGACUUUGAGCUGGUGGUCAUUCUCGAGGGCAUGGUUGAAGCCACGGCCAUGACCACACAGUGUCGCUCCUCCUACCUCCCCGGCGAGCUGCUGUGGGGCCAUCGUUUUGAGCCGGUCCUCUUCCAGCGUGGCUCCCAGUACGAGGUCGAUUACCGCCACUUCCACCGCACUUACGAGGUCCCGGGGACGCCAGUCUGCAGCGCCAAGGAGUUGGACGAGCAGGCAGAGCGGGCUUCACACAGCCCCAAGUCUAGCUUCCCCGGCUCUCUGGCUGCAUUUUGUUACGAGAAUGAACUUGCACUGAGCUGCUGUCAGGAGGAGGAUGAGGAAGAGGAGGCCAACGAGGAGGACGGAGCGGAGGCAGGAGAUGGGGUUGCCAGCCCCCAAGUGCUCACACCGACCCUGGCAUUGACCCUACCCCCGUGAUGCCAGCUGGUGUCUCCCGAUUUGUACCCCCUUCCUGGAAGUAGCAACAUGGAGAGUGAGGGCCCUCUCCUGGGAUGGGGGGCAGGUGUUUCCCAAGACCGACAGGCCUGCUGGGUAAAUUACUAGCUGGUGGAGGUCCCCCAUGCCCAGUGGACCCACCGCAGACAUACUGGAUCUUAAUUCCUCUGCGUUCCAUGCUCCCUCUCGAGACCCCUUUAUCAGCCUGAUUCCUGAGUCUCCCCAGAGCUGAGGGAUCCAGAAUUCUGGAGCGCCUAAGUGGCAAAGGUGGGUGGUUCUAGAUCGCUCUCUAUGGCCGGGUUCAGUUGUUGAGCAGGGUCAGGAAUCAAUGGUAUAUACCGCCUCCAGGGACAGCAGCACAUUAAGAGUUUGUAGGUCUGGAUUGACCAACAUUCAAGGGACUGUUGCUUCUAGACUCAGCUAACCAAGUAGCAAAUCAUUUUUUUCUAGACCACGUUAAGGAGGGGGAAUUAUGGAAUGCCCCAAGAAUUCAAGACUGUCUGGAUUAACCAAUGACAGGAUGUUGACUACAAGUCAAGAGAAGACCUUGUGGUUCCAGAAGGCCCAAGAGUUAAGAUUCUGUGAAUCUAGAUUGACCGCAGAGGCAAGCACUGGUGGUUCUAGAACAGGUUUGUCCUAGAAUGCUGAGGAAACUCGAGUUAUGUUUCUAGAAUGCACAAAACAAGAGUGUAGUGGGUCUGGAAGGGCUAAUGUGACAGAUCGGGAGUCCUUGAUAUUAGAUCACUCCAGACCCCCAGCUGUAGAACAUCAAACCAAGGAGAUAAUCAAUGCUUCCUAAUGAUCCACGGGGUUUGUUUGUUUUUUUAAGUGCCAUUCUAGAAUGUCCAAAGGAUUCAGGAUUCUGUGCCUCUAGAUUGAUCACAGAGUCAAGGAAGGAGUGGUGAGUCUGGAUGUCUGAGAUUUGCAGGUUCCAGUUUGCCCAAUGGAGUUGAGAAUCUCGAUGAUUCUUUGUGGGUCUGUCAAUGCCAAAGGGAAUCAGAGCUCCGGGGAUCCAGAGUUGUUCAUUAUUAAAACCUGGAAGUCCUAAUCAGCUCCUAGAACUUGGCCAUUCUAGGAGGUGGACUCGGGACUCGAUAGCAUUUCUGGGCUGACCUUGAAAGGGAGGGCCCGGGCAAGACCCUGUGGAUAACAGGGCUGGAUGUUGGGCAAAGAGAAGGAGAGGCCCAAGGCUGAUGAGUCUACAGUGCCCUCGAGUCCUACACCUAGUGA